GCGGCUGCGACCUGGGCGGGCGGAGGAGUGUGACGGGCCUCGGGGCCGCCGUGGAUGGUUUCUAAAAUGAUCAUUGAAAACUUCGAGGCGCUCAAGUCCUGGCUCAGCAAGACUCUCGAGCCCAUCUGUGAUGCAGAUCCAUCAGCCCUAGCAAAAUAUGUUCUCGCUUUGGUAAAGAAAGACAAAAGUGAAAAAGAGUUAAAGGCAUUAUGUAUUGAUCAACUGGACGUGUUUCUUCAGAAAGAGACCCAGAUAUUUGUGGAGAAACUUUUUGAUGCUGUGAAUACAAAGAGUUACCUACCUCCUCCAGAGCAGCCAUCAUCCGGAAGCUUAAAGGUAGAAUUUUUUCAGCACCAAGAAAAAGAUAUAAAAAAAGAAGAGAUCACAAAGGAGGAAGAGCGAGAAAAGAAGUUUUCUAGAAGGCUAAAUCAUAGUCCUCCUCAGUCAAGCUCCCGAUACAGAGAAAAUAGAAGUCGUGAUGAGAGGAAAAAGGAUGAUCGUUCUCGCAAAAGAGAUUAUGAUCGCAACCCUCCUCGAAGAGACUCAUACAGAGAUCGAUACAAUAGAAGAAGAGGGCGAAGUCGAAGUUACAGCAGGAGUCGAAGUCGAAGUUGGAGUAAAGAGAGGCUUCGUGACAGGGACAGAGAUAGAAGCAGAACUAGAAGCAGAAGCAGAACACGAAGCAGGGAAAGGGAUCUGGUAAAGCCAAAAUAUGACCUGGAUAGAACAGAUCCAUUAGAAAACAAUUAUACUCCAGUCUCUUCGGUACCUAAUAUUUCAUCUGGUCAUUAUCCUGUACCUACUUUGAGCAGCACUAUUACAGUAAUUGCUCCUACUCAUCAUGGUAAUAACACUACAGAAAGUUGGUCUGAAUUUCAUGAAGACCAAGUGGACCAUAACUCUUAUGUAAGACCACCAAUGCCAAAGAAACGGUGUAGAGACUAUGAUGAAAAGGGUUUCUGUAUGAGAGGAGAUAUGUGCCCUUUUGACCAUGGAAGUGACCCAGUAGUUGUAGAAGAUGUGAAUCUUCCUGGAAUGCUGCCUUUCCCAGCACAGCCUCCUGUUGUUGAAGGACCACCUCCUCCUGGACUCCCCCCACCUCCACCAAUUCUUACACCCCCACCUGUGAAUCUGAGACCCCCAGUGCCACCACCAGGCCCAUUACCACCCAGUCUACCACCUGUCACAGAUGAUAUUUCUUAUUCUUUGGUUUUGACAGGACCACCACCACCACUUCCUCCUUUGCAGCCAUCUGGCAUGGAUGCUCCCCCAAACUCUGCAACCAGUUCUGUUCCUACUGUAGUAACAACUGGCAUUCAUCACCAGCCUCCUCCUGCUCCACCCUCUCUUUUUACUGCAGUUUUUGUAUUACCAGAUACGUAUGACACAGAUGGCUAUAAUCCUGAAGCUCCAAGCAUAACAAACACUUCCAGACCUAUGUAUAGACACAGAGUGCAUGCACAAAGGCCUAACUUGAUAGGACUAACAUCAGGGGAUAUGGAUUUGCCACCCAGAGAAAAACCUCCUAAUAAAAGCAGUAUGAGGAUAGUAGUGGAUUCAGAGUCAAGGAAAAGAACCAUUGGUUCUGGGGAGCCUGGAAUUCCUACAAAGAAGACUUGGUUUGAUAAACCAAAUUUUAAUAGAACAAACAGCCCAGGCUUCCAGAAAAAGGUUCAGUUUGGAAAUGAGAACACCAAACUUGAGCUUAGAAAAGUUCCUCCAGAAUUAAAUAAUAUCAGUAAACUUAAUGAGCAUUUUAGUCGAUUUGGAACCUUGGUUAACUUACAGGUUGCCUAUAAUGGUGAUCCCGAAGGUGCUCUUAUCCAAUUUGCAACAUAUGAAGAAGCAAAAAAAGCAAUAUCUAGUACAGAAGCAGUGCUAAACAAUCGCUUUAUUAAGGUUUAUUGGCACAGAGAAGGAAGCACCCAGCAGUUACAAACUACUGCUCCAAAGGUAAUGCAGCCGUUAGUUCAGCAACCCAUUUUACCUGCUGUGAAACAGUCAGUCAAAGAGCGAUUGGGUCCAGUACCUUCAAGUACCAUUGAGCCAGCUGAAGCCCAGAGUGCCAGUUCAGAUCUUCCUCAGAAUGUAACUAAGUUAUCUGUGAAGGACAGGUUGGGUUUUGUAUCAAAGCCAUCUGUUUCAGCAACUGAAAAGGUGUUGUCUACGUCUACUGGCCUAACAAAAACUGUGUAUAAUCCAGCUGCUUUGAAGGCUGCACAAAAAACGUUGCUUGUUUCCACCUCUGCAGUUGAUAAUAAUGAAGCACAGAAAAAAAAGCAGGAGGCACUGAAACUUCAGCAGGAUGUAAGGAAAAGGAAACAAGAAAUUUUAGAAAAGCACAUUGAAACACAGAAGAUGUUAAUUUCAAAACUAGAGAAAAACAAAACUAUGAAGUCUGAAGAUAAAGCAGAAAUAAUGAAAACUUUAGAGGUUUUGACAAAAAAUAUUACCAAAUUGAAAGAUGAGGUCAAAGCUACUUCUCCUGGACGCUGUCUUCCAAAAAGUAUAAAAACUAAAACUCAGAUGCAAAAAGAAUUGCUUGACACAGAAUUGGAUUUGUAUAAGAAGAUGCAAGCUGGAGAAGAAGUAACUGAACUCAGGAGAAAGUAUACAGAAUUACAGCUGGAAGCUGCAAAACGAGGGAUACUUUCAUCUGGUCGGGGUAGAGGAAUUCAUUCGAGAGGUCGAGGUGCAGCUCAUGCACGAGGCAGGGUUCGAGGUCGGGGUCGAGGUGUACCUGGUCAUGCUGUGGUGGAUCACCGUCCCAGAGCAUUGGAGAUUUCUGCAUUUACGGAGAGUGAUAGAGAAGAUCUUCUUCCUCACUUUGCGCAAUAUGGUGAAAUUGAAGAUUGUCAGAUUGAUGACUCUUCACUUCAUGCAGUAAUCACUUUCAAGACAAGAGCAGAAGCUGAAGCAGCUGCAGUUCAUGGAGCUCGUUUCAAAGGGCAGGAUCUAAAACUGGCAUGGAAUAAACCAAUAACUAAUAUUUCAGCUGUUGAAACGGAAGAAGUUGAACCGGAUGAAGAGGAACAGAGAGAGAUCAUCAUUGCCUGAAUUUAGCUUUGUGACUACAAAAGCAAGACCUGUUCCUGUCUGGAGACGACUGUUAUAAAUAUCAUCCUGUCAUUUUAUGUUUGCCCUUUAUCAAUUUGAAUAUAUGUUUACAUGUACUAUAAUUAGCGUUUUGUCUUUACAGUUCUCUAAGGGUACAUCUGAGUCCAGAAAUAUAUCUGAGUGUGUGCUUUGUCUGACUUUAUUCUUAAAUGUUUUUCCCCUUUAUAGCCAUUUAUUUUUAAAACACCAUAAGAAGGAGAAAGAUCUCUUGGUUUCCUAAUAUGAGAUAAAUUCAUUUUCAGCCUAUUUGAGAAUUGUGUCCAGGAAAUCUAUAAAGCCAUGAUGCUGCGUUCAUUAACAUGAAUUUAGAAUGAAGCAAAUGAUUAAAGAAUUAAGCAUGGGUUUAGUUUUAAUUUUUCUGUUUUAGGAUACCUAUCUGGGGUUAGGAUAAAAUAAUUUUGAACAGAUGAUAAAAUACUUUUCUACACACGAUUAUAACUUGCCUUUUCUUCUAAAUAUAUUUACUGAAGUAGUUACCAAGACCACUUACCCAAAUAUUAUUUUUUAAUUCUUAGUUCUUCAAAACCAUAAUACAAAGUGAUCUGUAGAUUAUAAGAUCUUGAGAAAUAUUUAUUAAAUGUCUAAUUUAUACAGUUUUUCCAUAUUGUCCUCACUCGCAAUCAAGACUUCAAGGACAAUCUUAAAAGCAAGGGGAAAUAGUGUUGUGUGUUUAACAUUGUUAUAGACUAUAGUUUUCCUGUCUUAAAAGGUGUGUAUCUACAUUAUUUAUUUAGGAGCCAUGUGGCUUAGAAUUAUUUAUAAAGAGUAUGAUUGAGUAUUAUCCUAAAGAUUCAUCCAAAAUGUUAUUUUUUUAUAAGGAGCACCCAAAAAAAAAAAUAAAAAAGAUCCACGAAUGUUAAGUAUUCCUUCACAGAAUCUCAUGAGUUUUCUGUGAAAGUAGAAGUUAUACUUGGUAAAGUCUAUUAGAGAAGUCCAAAUUACGCUUCUGUUCACCCUUGUGAUUUUUUUUGGGGGGUGGUGGUGUUUGUGUUGGGGGGGGCCCAUACAUACUCAUACUCAUUACUUUUGCACAAAGUAGGCUAUUUUGCAAACAAUUUUUUCCUGAGUACACGUUGUCUUUGUCUUUAUGAAAAAUAAAAAGAAUAAAUACAUCAGUCAUAAUGUAAAUUAUCUGUUUUGAUCCACAUUAGUUAGCGAUAGCGUGGUGGUUAUGCUUGGCUUAAAGGUACAGUACACAUUUUGUAAGUUCUGAUAUAAUUAUGGCUUAAAUUAGACUUUCGUUAUAGUUCACACUUGCAAACUAGCAGUUAGCCACAGCGAGUUCAUAGAUAUUUCCCAGAUUAUUUCAGUAUUUUUUCUUUUGAGAAAAGAUUCUCUGCCCAUGUAACAGUGGUUUACCUAUUAGGUUACAAACCCAGAGAACAUUUCCUAAAGAGACCAUACUUACCGUUAAUAAUUUAAUUGGGUAAUGGAUAUGAAUCACAUACUACCACCCCUUACCUUUAUAUGUCUUUAUAGUGUCAUCUUCCUUUUUUUUUCCCUUGCUUUUAAAUUAAAAACAAAGCUGAAUAUGCUAUUGGGAAUCAGAAGUCAAGAUGAUUUGGUUUCAUUAAGAUCAUUGCACUUUGUGAAAAUUGCUGUGAGAUCUGGUAGGUGAGUUACUUAAAUUCCCUGAUGUUGAUAAUUAAAGAUAACAUAUUUUCAUUAUUACAUUUUCCUGAAUAGGAUUCUCAUGGAGCUAUGUGUAGAUAAUUGUACAGAAUCACUUUUGUGUAACUGAAUGAAGCAGUUUACCUCUGCAUGAUUGCAUUAUGGAAGCAUUUUAUAUAUCUUUAUAUUUUUCAAUAUAUUUAGAUUUUACAAUAUUUGCUGCACUAGUCAUGCUGUAUUUGUUUUUUUUUUAAAUAGUUUAUAAAUAUCCUCAAAAAUACAGAUCAACUGAAUAUUUUUGGUCUUGUUUACAAGAUAAAUAAUACUUUAAAGUGAUGCAGCCCCUCAAGUGUCUUAGGAAAAAGUCAUUGGUGCUAUAAAACCUUUCAAUAUCAUUUUUGAAGCUGUUAUCUAGACUUUGCUAGGCUUUAAUCUAUGAUUGCUUGUGACUUAGUCUAUGUAGCAGUUUAAUUAUAAAAGUGGUCUGUGGUGAGUCAGGUAAAGAUCCCAGCCCCUUAGAAAAAUCCUGUAAUUUAAUGAUAUAAAUCAGAAUAACUAUACAUAUUUAUGCCCAGCUUCCUAAAAAGAAAAUAUUUUCUUCAGUUUGUCAUUUGCUCUUUUGAUAAGAGGAAUGGUGUUUAUCUGGCUAAAUUAAAAAAUGAUGCAGUCAGCAUGGCUUAGUUUUCCCAUAUUUCAAAUGGAGAACUUUUCUAGUCCUAAAAUAUGGUGUAAUCUAUUCUGCUUUCAAGUCUCACCUGUCUUUUACUCAACAGGAGGGCAGGGUAAUUAAGAUACUUACAGACCAUUUGAUGAACUGUAAAGAGAUGUAUUAUUUACAUUGUACACAUUUUGUGUUGAUGUGUAGAUUUCUACAUCUACAAGACUUCAUUCCAGCACCUUAGUGAAUGUUCUCAAGGUACAAUUUUUAGGUAUCAACAAAGCAUUCAUAGAGGUUUACUUUUGAUUCCUGAACCUGCUUGGGGUGUGAUAAUGCUUGAGAACAUGUUGUCUGGCACAAGAUUUCCCUUAAAUGUUUUAGUUUAACUCAGUUUUUGUGGAUUUUUGAACCUAAAAACACCAAAGGAGUCUUUUCUUGUCUGGAAGCUGGAUUGUUCCAGUUUUUAAUACCUGUGCCCAUAAAAUAUCCCAUUUCACGAAUGUGUGUUGGCAUGGGAAAAAAACUUCCCUGCUCUUUGAGUGGAGCGAAAGUAAUUGGUUAAGCUGUAGCAGCUUUUUUGUUUGUUUGUUUGUUUAUUUCUAAAAGUGAUAAAACUUGAACUGAAAAAGGUAAAACUUGAACUAGAAAACUCUUGUAUGCCUAGAAUGUUUAUAGUAUUACAUGUUUAUGGGGUUGUCAACAUUUUUAUUUAUAGUUGAAUUAUGUUGUUUUCUUUGUUAAAUAUCCAUAAUGUUUAUUAUUUUUAUAUUUUGAAAAUUUUUAAAUAAAAUAGUCUUACUAAAAAAACAGUUG